GUGUUGUUCAUCCCAAGAAUAUUGUCCCACAUGUAACAAUCCCUGCAAAUCAAUAAAGACAAAAUACGUCAUCCCUUGCUACCGGUACGAAGAUGGUCGAAUCGUAAACCCGAUGCCCUCAAGUGCAUUUAAACGAAAUGGAAUCCAAGAUCAGAAUUUUCGAGAGAGCGGAGGAAUAUCCUACAUUCGUAAAUCUUGGGAAUCAGCGACAUGGAGCUACUACCCAUUUGCUAUACCCGUCAAACCUAUGAAGAAACUCUCUGCUACUGUCUCUAAGAAGCGAUGACCCAUUUUGGUCAACAAGUUACCAGUCUCCGCAUUCAAGCGAAAUGGAAUGCAGGAUCAGGAGCAUUCGAAGCUGUUGGGAACUGCUAACUUUCUGACGCGAUGUCCUCGUGAUGUGUCUAUUGAAUGCGAAGUUAACCCAAUACCUAUAAAAGUGAAAGAUCCAGUGAAAGUGCCACGACAUGGUGACUGCACAUUGGAAUCCUGCUUGUUGAAGAAAAAACCAAUCGCUGUCGCCUUAGAGGAUAUACUAGAUGAUUGAUUGUUACAUAACGAAAUGAAAAUUUCAGGUAAAUCAACCAACAGUUCUGAUGCGCCGUGCAUGUGAAGUUGCUGUCGGCGCCCGGCCUCGACGAAAACCUUUUGUUGAGUCCUGCUAUAGUGCCGACCCGGACCAACAGAUACAUCGCUACGUCUCACAAGAUGAACGGGUAUCUUACAAAAAUCCUCUGGUCGGAAUGCGAAACGGAAUUACCAGGAAAACAGAGGAUCAAGGGGAUUCGCAAUAAAACCCCGAUAAACUAGAAGCGCAGUGAAAUAAAAACUACUUUUCAGUGAUUGUACAAUCAUGCAAAUCGGGGCAUGGCCGUUUGUUACUGUUUUCGUUGGUGGUCCGUGAGCGGGGGGAGAACGGGGGAGUAGGGGCAAAUGAGAAAGCGACGCGGUAGGGCGGCGCGAGCGCGGUGACUGUCCGCGCGCAUCAUGCGGCAGGCCGUAGCGGUUCUGAUAAUAGCCGCGUGCGCCGCUGUCUCCGCGCAAAUUGCUUGGACACCAAUAUUUCUCGACGGAAGUAGCCAAGUCGAUCUAUGGACGCAGUCAUCAUCAGGCUGUGCGUGUCCCGGAGGGGAAGGCGAAGAUUGUGCGUGUUGCGUGCGGGACGGUGCGUGCCCGUGCGGCGAUAUUGCGCCUGGGCGUUGCGCGCAAUGCGGGCUAGAGCAAUAUUGUUCUAAUAUGUGCAACAUUACGAUUGAUUCGCGGGUGCUCAAGAGUAAGUCAGGGAAAACGUUCGGGCAAAUUAAAUCUCCGUCUAUUGAGGGCCCCAGCGCGUGUUCCUACAUCUUGCAACCUGACGCAGGCCAGAGAGUGGAGAUACAACUGUAUCGACUCGUGUCUGUUGGGAGAUUUAAUGGUUCAAGUUGUGUAGGUGGAUGGCUGCAGCUGGGCGACGCAGGUGCAGUGCCAGACUCAGGAAGAGCUGCGCAGACUAGGCUCUGUGGUGCUAACGAAAGAUACACACCACCGGUCGUAUUAUUUGCUGAUCACGGAGCAUCGGUACUUGAUUUUAGGAUAACAGAAAAAACAGUACGAUCACAGUUCCUCGCGUUCUUCAGUUUUACUUCUCUGAGCAACACGCAAGGAGUGGGAUUUCAUCCAAGAGGAGGUUCUAGAAUUCCACAGACAGAUUGCGACUGGUUAUACCAAGAUGUCUCGUGUCGGGGCGUCGGCUCGUGUGUGUUGGCGAGUCCAGGGUAUCCGGGACUGUACCCCCCUCAUCGACGCUGUCGCUAUCUGUUUGCGACGAAUUCAGUGCACACACGAGUCAAGAUUAUUUUCUCCUCGAUACUGCUGCCUAGAAACCAUUGUGCUACGGACUAUUUAACGCUGCGGGCUGGCAGUUCGCCCUCUGCCCCGCUGCUCGCUUCGCUAUGCUCAGAGAGAAGUGCUGUACUGGAACAUCCCGGUCCUAAUCUUUUGUUGGAAUUUAACUCUGGACCUUUGGUACCUCCAUACGACUACAACGGCUUUAUAGCGAAAUUAGAAUUUCUGGAGAAAAUAGACACUAGUGGACCUCCGCCCACUAUCGCCGCCGCCUCGCUACCCCUAGCCGCUCUUACACACCUGACAAAUGGUGAUAACUCAGCUGUGGAAGUGGAUCCAGUAUCUAAUGAAAUAUCGUCUAACAAUGGAGGCCAUGUCGGUUGCGGUGCGACGGUGCGAGGUUUUGGAGCGGGAGGUGUUCGUUCCGGACAUUUCGAUACAAGAGCGUCGGCGUGGCGUUCUCAAUGCGUUAUACAUUUGUUGGGAACAUCUACUGAUGUUGUUCAAGUGUCACUAUUCAAUUAUAAUUUAAGAUUACCAAGUUGUAGAUCUCAUAUUGAGAUCUUAGAAGGACUUCACGAGAUCAGCGGAAGAGGGGAAAGGGGAGAUAGAUUUGAGAGAGGCGACAGGGCCAUGUUACGAAUAUGUGGUCCAUCUGUAAGAGAAGCAAGAGAUCCUUCCGGGAGAUUUUUAGUUCGCCAAGCGGUGACAUCAAAGGGUUCCAACUUAACGAUAUUUGUGAGAAGAGCGACAUCGCAAAGCGUCGACGAAGAGGAGUUUGUUGAUGGCGCGUUUGCUUUUCACGAUGAACAACACGAAGGAACUGUAUCACCAGAUGCGACCUGCGCGUCCACGCACUACGGAUUGGCCUCACCCACACACGGAGGGGUGUCGGCUCCAUCACACCAUCAUAUAUUUUGGAAUAUUGAAGAGCAACUUAUGUGCACUAAUCGUUUUAUACCAGCUUCGAAUCAGAGUGUUACUAUUGAGAUACAAAGGCUUGAGCGCAUGUGGAGUGCUGAGCCGACGGGUAGUGUCGCGACGGGUAACGGCGGCUGCCGCACCGCUUGCGGAGACGCCGGCUGCGAGUGUCGUGCUGCCACGCCUCUGCACUACCACGACCACAUAGCACUGGUAGCAGGGGACGGCACGCAUUUAUCCUGUUUAUGUGGAGACUUUCAGGCGGCCUGGCUGCCGGUCGUAGUCCGGAGUUGGACGAGUCUGCGGUUGGAGUACUCAGUGGCGCACUACACGUACGCUAGUCGAGGAUUUGAUUAUGCCGCCGCGUAUAGCUUUAACGAUGACGCGAUGUGCGGUCAACGCACGUAUACAACCCACUCUGGAGAAAUAACGUCCAAAAACGUGACAGUCACCGGCAGUUUGAAUGAGUUUUUCUAUCAACAAUGUACCUGGGUCUUGGACUCGAAUGUUGAACGUCAGCUCUACAUCGACAUAUCUUCCGAGCAGGAUAAGUCGUGUAGUUCGUGGAAUAUUACGCUCCACGAAUGGUCGGGUCCUCGCGCGCACGGCGACGGGCUCGCCGCUUCCGCCGGGGACUUACUCUACACGUUCUGUGCGAGGCACAAGAACCACACAUAUAUUCUGCCGUGGCGACUUAAUACCGUAGUUAUAAGGCUAGUGGCUCUGUCAAGACAACAACCUUUGUACACACUCCGCUGGCGCUCACAAGUGGUAAGGGCUAAUCGUCUCGGGCCCCCCACACCCGCGCCCGCCGCCGCCGCCAGCGCAUCGAAUGUCACGUACAGCGUGCUCCUUAUUGUGCUUACUCUGUGUUCAAGGUACGUUCAAAUGCGUGCGCAAAUAACACGUACGUUCAUAUUGUGAAUGCGUUAGAGUGAGUGUAUAAAAGUGAUAUAUACAGUGUGAAGUUUUUGUGUAAUAUCGACUUUAAAUAUAUUAAUUUUUCAUUUGAACGUGUAGACGAAACCUACGAAACUUUAAUGUGACUAUAUUUCUGUGUUGUGUUACUUAGAGAGAAGAAAUAAAUGUGUCUAUUAUGAUAGCGGGACGUGUAAAUAGUUUUUACAUGAUAUUGCAUUGUAAAGAACAAGUAACUAUUAUAAU